AUGGCUUCUUCCAUCCAAGUCGGAGGGUCAUGGACAACCAUGGAAAAUGUUUUGUUGUAUGAGUGGGUCCAAGUUGGUCAUUGCCCUAUCACGGGCAAUGAAAUGAAGUUCUCUCAUAUGUGGAGAAAAAUUCAUGUCGAAUUUUCUGAAAGAUCAGGUUCGGCUCGUACGGAAAUGGCCUUGGCUAGUAGGUGCAAAAUUUUGAAUCAAGAGUUAGGAAAAUGGAGAGAUGAGUUGGCAAAAGUGAGGGAUGACUUUUGA